CGGAAAGAAUUUGGCAACAAUUUACCAUGUUUGCCAACAGUUGGUGUUGAGGUGAAAUCCAGAUUUUCAAUGGGUAUAGUCUGCUCUUGUUGAAUUAUUUUCUUUGUGUGUGUCGUUUAUCGUAGAACUACUCUUUAAAUAUAGGUGUCACCAAUUAAGCGUGUCAGUCUUAAUGUUGGUGUUUGAAGGAGAGGGUAUUUUGAAUUCUCUCAUCAAUAAACUACCUAUUGAACUUCACUUACCUAGCUAUCAGUACUGUGGACCUGGUACAAAAUUGGAAAAACGUCUUGAUCGUGGAGAUCCGGGCAUCAACCCCUUGGACGCUGCUUGUAAACAACACGAUAUUUCUUACUGGAAGAAUAAGUCUCUCGAAGAACGACACAAAGCCGAUCAGAUACUUGAAGAUAAAGCUUGGGCACGCGUCAAAUCAAAAGACGCUUCAAUGGGAGAGAAAGCUGCUGCAUUACUUGUAACAGGCGGAAUGAAGGUGAAAAGAAAGCUGGGAAUGGGUUGUCGUCGUCGUCGCAAACGUCGUUCCUUGCAUCGAGAUGUUAUUCUGAAAGUGGGAAAGUCAUUGAAGAGAGGAACAUCUUUGAAAGACACCGCAACGUUUGCCUUACGAGCAGCCAAAGCACUUAUUAAUGAAUUUGGUGGCAAAAAAGAAGUCGAGGUUCCUCGAGUAAUACCUGUAGCGAAAUCCGGAGGUUUCCUACCACUUAUUCCUUUGUUUGCCGGUCUUUCGGCACUUGGAGCUUUGUCAGGUGGUGCUGCUGGGAUUGCAAAAACCGUCAUUGAUGCUAAGCAUGCGCAAAAGAAAUUGGAGGAAGAUGUACGUCAUAAUAAGGCUAUGGAACGUAUAGGAUCUGGCCUAUACUUGAAAAAGUAUUCAAAAGGUGGAUUUGGAUUGUAUUUAAAAAAACAAAAAAAAAACUAAUAAAGCUACCCAAUCACGCACUAUCUGACUUUGACAUUGCGCAUUAUGCAAAAUUACUUAAAAUACCACAUUUUCGAGGAGUUUUCAUGCGAG